AUGGAGCCGGAAUUUGACCCGAACAAGGUGAAAAAAGAGGUGGUGCUGGAGGCGGAUCCGGCGGUCGAGUACCAUCCACCAAUAGAGGCUUUUCCGGAAGCGGUGCCGCUGCUCGAGCACGAGCACCGGUUGAUGCUCGACAAUCUGACGCGCGACACGCUCUUUGUUUUUGCCGGCGGUCUCGGCGUCGAGCGUCUCUUCCUGCACUACCUGAUGCUCUACUCGAGCCGCAAGCUGCUCGCCCUCGUCAUCAACACCACCGAUCAGGACGAGGCCUUCUUCCUGUCGAAGCUCAACGCCCUGCCAGCCGACCAGUUCACCCCGCCAAAGAUCCUCAACGCCGACGUGUCCAUUGCAGAUCGACUAUCCCUCUACCUCCAAGGCGGCGUCCACUUUAUCACCUCGCGAAUUCUAAUGGUCGACUUUUUGACGGAUCGAAUUCCGGCCAAAAUGGUGGCCGUCAUCUUGGUCUACCGUGCUCAUCAGCUUCUGAAUACAUUCCAAGACGCCUUUAUCCUGCGUCUCUACCGUGAGAAGAAUAAGGAAGGCCGUGUGAGGGCAUUCACCGAUCAACCACAAGCCAUUGCUGGAUUGGGACAGUUGCAGAGACUGGUCGAUCGUCUCUACGUGCGUCAUGUCCGUCUCGUCCCCCGUUACGAUGAAGGCGUCGUCGAGACUCUUUCCAAAUCUGAGCCCACCUCUAUCGAAUUGGGCAUCGAUCUACCGGGGGCGAUGCGGAGAUGUAUUUCUCUGAUUUCCGACCUGCUAAAAGUGUGUCUGCGCGAGUUGAAGCAGUCGGCCGUCCGUGUCAAGAGCCAAAUCGAAGAAGACGCCGAGUCGGAGGCGUUCAAUUCGGGCCUCUAUUUCGUCACCGAGCUGGAGAGGAGGCUUCGAUUGAAACGUUCUUACCUGCCCGACCGCCAGCAGCGCCUCCUGCAGGACUGUGAAUUUCUGCGGAAUCUGCUGCGGAUCGCCGAGACCCGCGACGCGUGCACCGUCCUCUCAAAGCUCACUUGGUUCUCCAAGGAUAAAGAGGCGCUGGAGCACUCGUCCGGCUGGCUGUUCACCCCAACCGGAAAUCGUCUGAUGGCCGUCAGCCAGGAGCUCGCUUCCGCACUGUCGCCGAGGCCAGAGUUUGCGGAACCGCCAAAAUGGACGGCUCUCCAGGGUGUACUUGAUGAAAUUCGUGAGCUCUACGUCUCUCCAGAAGAAGUCCCGCCCGGUGGCCCGUCGGUUGUGAUCUUCGUGGCUGACGACGCCUCGCAGCUGCAGCUGACCGAUCUGUUGAAGAGGGGAAUUGCUAGGACAAAGAUGGACUUGAAGAAGUCGAUCCGCACUGUGACUGGAGAUCCAGAUAUCCGUCCUCUAUGGGAUCCAGACCAAGUAUUCCCCUUCUACACCAAAGAAAUGGAAGAAACGGAGGGCUCGCGAAAAGACGUCGUCGGAAAUAUUCAGAAAAAUCAGAAGGAGGCCACCAGGGCUGUCAAGAAGAGGAAAAAGGUCGCGGAGACGCUGGUCGGCAUCAAGCAGCGCAAUUUGGAACAUUUCGGAAUUAUGCGCUACCGGCGGACCGUCGAGAAGGGGCUGCCG